UUGCUUCAAAGAUAUUUUUUUCCUCGAAGUCUACUAAAUUCUACUGAUGGUAGCCUCACAUAUACUUGGAUUCUUCCGCCACAUAGCCAACCUGAAAUGGACUUUUUCACGAACGACGUCAUCACGUCAUUUUUUGUCGAAGGUUUUCCGUAUAUAAUAAUGGGUGCAAGAUUGCUAAUGUUGAUUUCUUUUCUCCGAUCUCUACAACCAUGUCCAACGAUAUCGAGCAGAAUUGCACCAUGAUACAGGCUUUCGAGGCGAACUCUGAAGGAGAUUACCUCCACUGGAGGAGAAUUGUGGAUGUAUUGCCAGAGCUCGCUGACAUAGGGAUAACCGCUAUGUGGUUGCCUCAUCCUGCAAAGGCGAUUGGCGAGGAGUCUGGCUACGACGUGUUCAAUUUGUAUAACCUCGACCACGUUGAUCAUCAACUCUCGAUGGGGACCAAGUAUGGCACAAAACGGGAGUUAUUGCGCGCUAUCAAGAAGGCUAAGAGGCACGGAAUUGUUACAUACAUUGACGCGGUGAUAAUGCAAGCAUUGUGCACAGAGAGAACCGAGAAACCUGCUACUACUAAGGUAGUUGUUACUGAGGUAGAUCCUACUGAGGUAGAUCCUGAUGAUAGAACCGAAGAGGUCUCCGGUAUCGUCGGUACCAAAGAUUGGGCAUCCAUUCGUUUGCCCGGGAGACAUGAAAAGUACAGCCUGGAUAAGUUGAACUUCGACGACCUUAGGCGCUUGGAUUAUGGUGCCGGUAUGGACUGGGCACAGAGCGUCGUCGCCGAGAGUAGCCAGCAUGGCCAGUUGAUGAGUGCGGAUACCGGCGACAACUAUCCAUUUGAAUGGGAUAUGAUCGACUGGGGGAAUUGGAUUAUCAAGGAGACCGGUGCUGUUGGAUUCAGAUUUGGCCCCAUCAAGCACAUGGACUGCCACUUCGUAGCCGAUUUCAUCAAGUCUGUACGAGAGAACGCCAAUGAUCCUAAUCUGUUCGCUGUUGGAGAGUAUUGUAAGGAUGACUUGAGCGACUCGGAGGAGGACUUGGAGGAGUACUUGGAUUCUCUGGGGACGCAGUUCAGUAUAUUCGACACUUUGUUACAUUACAACUUCAAGGAAGCCGGAGAUAGAGCAGAAGAAUAUGAUAUGCGAGCGAUUUGGGACUCUACGAUUGUCCAGAAGAGACACACCGUUGCGGUAACGCUCGUCGACAAUCAUGAUACUCAAGUCGGUCAGAAACUGGAAAGCUGGGUAUCGCCGGCGUUCAAGCCCCUUGCGUAUGCUUUGAUCUUGCUGCGACCAUCUGGAUAUCCAUGCGUCUUUUGGGGUGACUUGUAUGGAACGGAAGGAGAUAAUCCCCAGCAACCGGUGCCUCAGCUUGACGUUAUGAUUCGUGCGCGCAAUCUUUACGCCCACGGCGAGCUGAGGGAUUACUGGGACCACAUGAACUGUGUGGGGUGGGUAAGAAUGGGCAAGAGUGAUGAAGGACAAGCCGGAUGCGCUGUUGUCUUGUGUAACGGGUCUAGUGAAGGAUCAAAGCGUAUGGACGUCGGCAAGGAACACGCUGGUGAAAAGUGGAAAGAUUUACUGGGGUGGUACCAGGGCGAAAUCGUCAUUGAAGAUGAUGGAUGGGCGGAGUUCAAGUGUUCUGCUCGAAGUGUUAGUAUUUGGGUGAAAGAGGGAGCCGGGAAGGAAUGAAGUGAUACCCUUAGACUUAGGG